AUGUCUUUCCCAAUCCCAUCUCCAUACCAAUACGACGAUUCCUUCUGCGUUGGAAACGCUGAAAUCAAUGAGCAACAUAAGAAGCUUUUCGAAUUGAUCAAUGCUUUGGACGCCAACAGAACUUGUGGUACCACUUUGAAGACUUUGUUGGACUAUGUUGUUAUGCACUUCAAGACUGAAGAAGAUUUGUUUGCCAAGCACGCUUGGUCUGAAUCUGCUGCUCACAAGGAAAUUCACGACAAGUUUGUUCAAGAUGCUUUGGGUUUGACCUCAGUUGGUGAUGCUGAAAUGCAAUUCAUCAGACAAUGGUUGGUUGAUCACAUUAUGGGAUCUGACAUGAAGUACAAGGGUGUUAUCUAA